UCGCGUGUCUUCCGGGUAGAAGCAGCGCUAGCAGGCAGGAGCUAACACCGAGGGACGCUCCAGUCCGAACAUGUCGUCGUUGGUCCGCUGCGGCCCGCAGUAGUGCAAGGGUGUGCGCCGGUGGCUGUGGGGCGGAAGCGGACGGGCUGCCGUCAGCAGCGCCUCUUGGUUGUGUUCCUCCGGCGGAGCUUGGUGUCAACAUGACGGCCGGCUGGACUCCCGCUCUGGCCUAGAUCCGCGCUCCUGCAGCUCGCUCUCUCGACGCCGCUCUGCCCGCCGACGGACGGACCUGGGAUCCGACAGAGCAGGCUUUGACUGCAGAAACCGCAGCAAAUGGGCAACUGUCUCAAGUCUCCCACGACGGACAACAUCUCGCUGCUGCCCGAGUCGCAGGCGGACCGGGCCAGCUUCGGAGACGGUGCCGACCCAGACACGGAGCCGCCGCCGCCCUACCAGGAGCAGAGCAACAUGCCCAUGUACCACCCGACCCCCAGUCAGGCGCGGCUGGCCACCCAGCUGACGGAGGAGGAGCAGAUCCGCAUCGCACAGCGCAUCGGGCUGAUCCAGCACCUGCCCAAGGGCGUGUACGACGGCGGCCCCGACGGCUCGGAGAAGAAGAUCAGAGAGUGCGUGAUCUGUAUGCUGGACUUUGUGUACGGGGACCCCGUCCGGUUCCUGCCGUGCAUGCACAUCUACCACAUGGACUGCAUAGACGACUGGCUGAUGAGGUCCUUCACUUGCCCCUCCUGCAUGGAGCCCGUGGAUGCUGCCUUGCUCUCCACCUACGGGACCAACUGAUCCGGGGAGGUUUGUGGCGCCCAGGUUGCUCCUGCAGCCUCCUGCAACCUCACCUUCAACUGCCCUGUUUCCGGUGUGGAAUGAGCUGAGAAAUGGGCCUCUCUCUCUCUCGGCCUUCCACCCACACCUGCAAGCUGGUCUUCAGCCUGGCGUCCCUGCAUGAGAGGGUGGUGUUCAGGGCCUUUCCCCCUGAGCAGGUCUCAGCGGCCCCUGAUCGGCCCUCGCGCUCACACACACACACAGAUGUUUGGGGUGAUCCAGGCUGCUUCUGCAAACACCCACAAGCACGCUUGCUCAAGGGUCCGGAAGGCAGCGGGAAGCCACUUGUGCUGGGUCCAAAACGCGCGCGCACACUUCUUCUGAUCCAGAGAGUUGCACUUUAAUCCUGGGACAAUAUCUAAAGCGGCGUCUUAAUAUAUACCUUCCCUACCUUGCACUAUCCACUCGUCAUUCCUCUGGAGCCACGUGGUCCGCGCCCCUGGCUCGACUCUGCCGCGACAGGUGGAAGCUUUCUGGCUUUUCUGCUGUGAGGCCUCGUGUUUCCUGUGUGGGUUUAUUCUGUCAGAUCCCAGGAGUGUUGUUAUGUUGUCGGACAGUUGUGCGUCACUGUGACUGUGUGAGGAUGUCGGCAGUUCUCUGCCUUGACUGUGUUCCCUUCAGGAAUUGGAGCCCCACUCCUACAAGCGCGCAGCCGACUUGGACGGCUCCCCAGUCCCAGUGUCACAGCAGCAGUGCGCUGGACGUGGUAGAGGUCCAAAUGAGUCUUGUCCCGCUGGCGUCGAGCCGAGGUCAGGAGUGACCUGCAAGCCAAGUCCCUCGGCCGCGCAGAGACCGAGACUGUAGACCUGUAUCAGCUGGGCUCCGCCAUGCUUUCCUGUACCUUUGAUUUCUUUUAUUUAGCAGGUCAUCGAAGGCCCUGGUGUUAAAAAAAAAAACAUGAAUAAAGGGGUGAAAAAUGUUCUUACAGGAACAGUAUUUGUGGGGAAACACAUAUCUGCACAAGCUUUCCUCCAAUCCUUUACGUUCUGCACUUGUGUCUUUGAUGCCUUUUUCCCUGGAUGAAUCCUCGGUCUAAACUGGACCACCGUCCCUGUCAGAGAGUCACUACUUGUCCUCCACCUGACAGUGGAGUGGUGGACAGUGGCCGAGCCGAGUGUGGCUCAGACCAGGCUGAGAUGAUGGGAGCUGGUCCCGUCCGUCUUCCGCUCCACUGCUCACAUUGUUUGCUUGCAACAUGGCUGUUCUCAGAUUAGCUUAAUCGGCUUUGUCUCGUUUUAAUCUGCCUGAUCAAAUGUGAGCGUCGGCGCCGCACUUGCUCUAACGCCGUCUUCCCUCAUCAAGAAGAGGACGGAGCCACUGGGGGUUUGCUCAGCUUUAAUCUGUUCACCACCAGCCCGGCGCCGCCUCAGGGCUUGUACAUCCCGUGGAAGGUGACCGGAAUGAUGCAGUCCACCUCGGCCCGAGCGACCUCGGACAGGUCCUUGGCGUUGAGAAUGAGCAGGUAGGAGGGUCUGUGAGCGCCCGGAGCCACCACGAUGGUCAGCAGCACUCCUGCGGGACCAGGUCAGGAGUUGAGGCCACGCCGGUCGCACGCUCGCUCGCUCGCUCGCUCGCAGAGACUCACCGUCGUCCUCGUCCACGCCGCCGGGAGUCUGGACGAACAGCGGCUCUGAGGGGUAGGAGUCGGGCUCCUGCCACACCCAGGUCUCCUUGGUCCUCACGUUCAGCUUGCAGAUCUGCAAAAGAAAAUUGUCGGUCAGCGCUGGAAGCCGCCGGCGUGGCGGGGACGUACCCUGUCUGGGAUGAAGUGGUUGAGGCCCAGGCCGUAGGCGUAGGUGUAGUUCCUCCCAGAGUGGCGCUCGUAGUUGAUCUGCGGAAACUCAAAGGCUGCCACACGGAAGACGAGGGUGAGCGCGGGCGCAAGCGGAAGACGGCGAGCGGGGCCAACCUUGGCGCGGCCCUGAGAAGAGGACCUCCGGCUCCAGCCAGAUGGUGCCGUCGGCGUGCAUGACGGCGGUGGCGGUGGAGUACGGCAGACUCACCAGGUUCUUCCCCUGCUCCUCCUUCACGCAGACACAAGCGUCAUCACCCAGCUCACCGAGGGCUCAGCAGAGCGCGGCCUCCAACCUUGUGCACGUCCAGUGGGAUGACGUAUCUGCGCACCUCCGGCUGAGGCGCGAUCAUCGCCGCCUUUUUCACUUCCUCCCAGUUUUCUCUCAGGUUGGCCAGCCACAGGUAGUUGUAGACAAACUCGAAGCUGCGGAGAGAAAAGAGGCGUCCAGAGCGGGCCCCACACCAGCGGGCGGGGGCCGCCGCUUACCCCUUCCAGGCACAGAGGUCCACCACGAUGAAGCCCUCGUCCUCGUAGGUGUUGAUGUGGUGGAACAUCCCGAUGGCGGCUCCCUUGAACUUGUGCUCGAUGUACUCGCCCGGAGUUUUGGUAGCAAUGUGAAACAAAGUCUGAGAGAAAGAGUGAGAGGUUUGGAACCAACCUCCAAAGGCGAAACACAGGACGGUGACGAGCCAAAUCCUGACACGCAUGCUUGCUCUUACUCCUUGACUCUCGUUGGACUCAAAGCAGUCCAUGUAGUUGGACCCUCGGAUGCUCCAGGCGCUCAAGAACUUGAGGAGGUUGAUUUUAACCGGCGUCUCCACGAACACAAAGUGGUUCUCAGACAUGCCGAAGCUGGGAGAGAGGUUGAGCGGUUUGCAUCGAUGAUGAUGACGAUGAAGAGGCGAGUCAAAAUGCCACGCACCUGUGCACGUAGGAGGGCUUGAAGCGCUCGGCGCUGGGGAUCUGCACCACCACCUUGGACUUCUCGAUGGGAUCCGACUUGUCUGGAGGCGAGAGAGAGUUAGAGACGAGAGGCAGCUGCACAGACACGGCGGGGUGGAAUGAAUCCCUAUCAUCAUGGUCACGGCUCAGUCCACCUUUCUGCGCAGGCGGGAUCUUCACGAUGUUAUAGGCCAGCGUGGCCCCUUUGCCCAUGCAGUUGCCGAUGUUGUACACAGUGCCGUCCCUCUCGAUGUGGGGGUGAGCCGUCACGCCGUUCACGUUGACGUAGUUGCACAUGUCGACCUGGAAACACGGGCGUCAUCCUGCUGGAGAUGAGCAGACGCCCAACACCCUGCUACCUUUUUCAGAGUCUCCAGAGUAUCAGGGUUGACUUUGGUGAUGAAGUUGGUUUCGGUCACGGCGUAAAAAUCCUCUCCCACUGGGUAGAUGUUGACCAGACAGUUGUCGGUGACCUCCACUCCCUUAAAGUAGGAGAAGAACCUGG